AUGGUGGGAUAUUCAAUUCUUGCUGUGCUGGCUUGUGCUUCCUUGUUUGACGACAUUGGAAAGGUCUCGCAGGAAAAAUUUAGACUCUGGUUAUUCACGAAGAUGGCCGAUGAUCAUUGGGCUGCUCGUCAUGACAGAAACAAAGUUGACCUCGCCUUCAUUGUCGACUGUACAGGUUCCAUGGGUCUUCAUAUCAAGCAAGCGCAAAAACACGUUCGAAGUAUCGCCGAAACUGUUUCGCGAACUGCAUUCAACGUGAAGCUUGGGCUGGUAGAGUACAGAGAUCACCCUCCCCAGGAUAACUCAUUUAUAACGAAAGUUCACGAUUUUACACAUUCCGUAGAGGAAAUGAAAAAAUGGGUGGAUGGUAUGAGCGCAAGAGGCGGUGGAGAUGGUCCUGAGUCAGUGGCUUGUGCUUUGGACGCAGCUUCCAAACUCAACUACAGAAAAGAUGCUACCAAGAUUUGUGUUCUCAUUGGUAAGUUGAAGCUUUACGAAUAGUGUGGACAGGUAAGAACAGGUAAAUUAAAUAUUAUGUGAACUUUUUCAGAUGAUGUCUGCACCCUGAAACAGUUUUGAUAAAAAUGUUACAAACUAUUGUGUAUGAACGAGCUCGAUGGGAAAAAAUCCGAAUAGAUAUCACUGGUGUUGGAGAACUUUAAUUACUGGUGUUCACUUUUUCACGUGGCAUUUUUAAUUUUGUCGUAUUUCUCUUCAAAAUCUGUUGUGAAAGCCGUAUUUAUCUGGAUCCUCGUGGAGAGGUCAUAGUUUUACGAAGGAAAAUAGUUUGAAUGGUAAACAUUACCCUGGAUAUUUGUAUUCUUGUAAAUAAAAUUCAGAUCAUUACUCACAUAUUAUUGUAGAUACAGUCGUUUGUUCACUUUCUUUAUUAAUUAGUUUACAGGAUUAUACUUAUUUUUAACACCAAUUUUGAGCAGUGAUGUACUUCGUUAUGGAAUUAUUUGAUCCUAUCAACAUACUAUGUACAUAUACAUCCUAAAACCACUUCAUUUGAAAUUAUAACACUGCUGUAUUAAGCUCUGAUUCUCAGAGUAAUUCCUAGUCUCCAUUUUAAGCUUCCCAGCAGUACCUUAUUGUUUUGAUGAUUAUAAUAUCAUUUUAAUGUGACAGACAUGUAUCUUCAGAUUUACAUUUACUGAUGCUUACAUUUAAAAUUUACCAUUUUGAUAAUAAAAACUACAACUCUGACUGGGAAGUACUUGAUGAGAGCAAUUUCACAAGAUAGGGCACUGUUGGUUAUUAUCUGAUAAUAAUGUCAUAAUUGAGGUGAUGAAUGGUAAAUUUACUGGAGUCUUCUUUAUUCUUUCAGCUGAUGCCCCUCCUCAUGGACUUGGACUAGAGCAUGAUGGUUUCCCUGAUGGCUGUCCAACUGGCAAUGACCCUCUACAGGCUUGUAGAGCUAUGGUGGAGAAGGGAAUUGUACUGUACUGUGUUGGAUGUGAACCAAACAUCCUACGCUACAAAGAUUUCUUUAUGGGUUUGGCAUACAUAACUGGUGGCCAGUAUGUUCCUCUCUCCAAAGCUCAGGGAUUAUCAAAGGUUGGAAUUUAAGUUAAAGGAGCCACAGUGUGUUUAAUUCGUGUCGUUAAAGGUAGAUUGCUAUUUAAGAAAAUUUGUGCUAAAUUUAUGCUGAAAUUUACCUGAUAAAAUUUUCACAUCCACCAUUUUUAAGACAUGUUGUUUUUUGUUAGCCAUCUCAUUACAUCUAUUAAAUAUAUUACUGCUUAAAAUUCAUGACUAAAGUAGGUGACACACCAUAUUGAACUCACUACAUACAAUUUUUUUUAAAAAAGGCAUUUUUUAAACAAACAAAGCAAGUCUUACUAAUGUGACUGCAGUGUGCUGGAGAGUAGACUUGGCAUAGCUCACCACAGAGUUCUUCACAGUAGAGAGUCAGAGUAUCAGAAUAUGGAAUGUAAAGGUUUAGGGUUGGAUUGUUUGUGGGGUACUUAAAUGUUUUCUUUUUGUCAUGUUCUUGACAACAGGAGUAACAUCUUUCUUUAAUUGAUGCUCCAACUAAAAAGCUAUAAUCAUCUGUCUUAUUUUAUCAUUAACUUCCUGUUUUGUAGGUAAUAAUAAAUGCCUCACUUGAGGAGGUUGCCCAUGAGAACAUUAUGGGAUAUGUUGAAGACUUCUUAAACAUGGCCCUUGAAGAAAUGAAAGGAAAGAAACAGAAGGUAACAGUAGAUGACUUGGCUGAAAAACUUCAAGAGCAUUUGAACCUGAGAAAUGUCAAAUCCCGCCAACUUCAGUGCAACUCUGCAGAACUCCAGCCCCCCACACCAACAGCAAAGAGAAUUUCUGGGUUAAAAAAAUUGUCACAAGUUCAGCAGUUCCUGGAGAAAGACACUCCAAUGGACUACAGAUUAUUUUACAUGAACAAUGUCACAGUGGAGGUCACCAUAACCGAGCCAGCAGAAGUUAAUAAACUCUUGUCUGAAAGGUUACUUACGAAGGCACUUGGCAGGCAGAAAAUACCUGUGGAACAUGAUGAAGAAACUGGUGAGAUAACCAUUGAGCCAUUUAUGUCUGGAGCAAGUCCUGCAGUGUAACCGAAUGACAUUUUUAUGAAAAGGGUUUCAAGAAUUUUUGACACAGAUUCAUGACAUGUGCGGAAGUAUUCAAGUGGACUCCUACCACACAGUUUAUUUUAGCCAAGAACCAACUUUCUCAAAAGCUUUUUCCUUUUCCUGAACAGCAGUAGGUUAGCCCCUUAUCCAGCACAUAACUUCAAGUAUCGCCAAAUAUCAAUUUAUGGGUACCAUGAGGGAACCCAUGUAUGGUUACUAUUUUGUUGUGAAUUGUAACAUAAGAAAUAUCCUUGAGUAAGGAGUAAAGAAACUUGACAAUGAAUUAUAUUAAUAGUGGUAGAGUGUUGUUAGUCUCCAAUGAGACAACUUUAUUUUGCUUGUUAUGAGGUUUAAAAGGCCUCAAAUUCUUUAAGUUCAAUUAUUUUACCAUCAAGUUUUUUUAUGGAUGGGAAGAUUAGCAGCUUUUCUCUGCAGUUCAAUAACAAAGUUGACACAAGUGAUGCAGUUACAUUAUGUAUUCAGCAGUUCAUUUAAGAGGUUACAAACAUAAAUGUUAUGAUUACCUUCUUUGGAAGAACAACUGUUAAGCUAGGUCUUUUUUGUCUCACCACAUUAAUGAUCUCCUUUUUAAAAAUCCAUUUAGUUUUCUUUUCUCUUUUAUUAUUGUUACAAAGUAAAUACUCCUGUAAACAUGGCAUUUAUGAACUGAAUAAUGUUAUGCUAUUUUUGACUGAACUUAUACUUAAAUUAUGAUCCUGUAGAAAAACUGUACCUCCAUUCAGUCCUCAAUUAACUUUGAUUAUCAUUUCGAACUGAAUAUCAUUAUUUUUUUGCAUCUAUCGAGUAGGAUGUUACUCUGCGCUGAAGUACAUUUACCUUUUCAUUCCAGCCCUUCUCCCCUAUCUCGGGAGAAACUAGAUCUCAGUUCACCUCUUCCAUUUGCAGUCCUCGUGAGGCUCUGUGCGGUUUCCCAAAUGUCGUGAGGUUGUGCUAUUGUGUUGAAAAUCUUUUAUGAUACUAAUGGCACUAAAGUUUCUUCUUUAAAGAAUGCAAAAUUGGUAACACUUGGGAAUAGUUUCUCUUGAGUUGAAAUAAUCUUACAUUGGAAAGCACACUUCAACUCUCGAACACUAGGAGAAGAUUGAGGAUGGAGGUUGGAAACUAGAGCAUCACUUCCGUCUCUCGUAAUCGUCGCUCGAUCCAUGGCUACCCAUGGAACUGCGUCAAGAGUAGUUGUCUCGGGAAAGCGUCUUUUGAACCCUUUCCGUACUUUUCUACAUCGUGUAUCCUCUGAAAUCUUAGAAGAAGACUUGAAGUCUUUGAAAUUUAUUUUGGCAGAUGAAAUUCCUGAGGGAAUUUUGGAAAAUUGUCAGAAGUCUACGGAUUUGUUUUCCUACAUGAUAAAGAAGUGUCUUAUAGGAGAGAACGAUCUGGAUUUCCUUGCAGAACUUUUCCAUUGCAUUGACCGAUCUGAUCUUGCAGAGCGUGUUAAAGUUUUUAUAAGUAAGUCUCCCUCAUCACUAGGAAUGGGCAGCGCACCCAUAGCACAGGUGACUCGUGAAUUGCCAGGUAAAUUUCAUAUUCCUACCUCCAACCCUAAGCUAUCAAUCUUAAUUAUUAAUUUUCAUUGUGUGACCAGCUAUUUAAAUUAAAAUUGAAGUAAUCGGUUGUGAGGAAUGACAGCAAACAAAGAGCAACAAGUUGUCUUAGUGAGCGAAUUCGAAGUCGGGAGGGUCGAUGGGGUGAAUGCAGAUGCUAGUAUAAGGAUUAUUGUCAGUGAGGGAUUGUGCCAUGCCAGUGAAGGGAAACCUGACUCAACCAGAAACCUUAAAAAAAUUUGCUCAUGUAUCUUUCAGAAAGUUUGUCCAUCUAGUGCAGAUUGUGGUGAAUGGAUAAAUUUACAAAAACCGUGACUUUCGGUCUGUUGAAAAAAAAACUCAUGGACUCACUCUGUGAUGUGUGAGCAGCUUAAUUUCAAGGCCUCUUUAUUUGAGCUCUGUUAAGAACACCUGACCUGGAUUCUUAGAUCCUUUUUCAACACUGUUUUUUCUUUGGAAAGAUUGUGACAAGUUGAUAUAGAUAGGCCAGGCUGGCCUGAUUUCUAAGUCUUGGUUUUUUUUUGUGUGAUUGAUUUAUGUUCCCUUAUAUACAAUUCAAUACAGUUGAUCGAAUGGUACCCAAAACUGUUUAUCAGCCCAAAAAAGGGACAUAUCUACAAUAAAGGGGAACACCGUGUGUAUGAUUAGGACAUAGUAACAUUUUCUUUUCUUUCUUUUCAGCCAUGGGAAAGGCUAUGGUUCGCUUCAUGUUAUCUGGUAAUAAUAUUGACCAAAGAGCCACCCUCCAACAAUUGAAAAUUGGGAUUUGUGCAGCUCUUCGAAUAAAAAAUUCUGAUAUCAACUUUGUUAAAACAGAGGAGGAAGCUAAUAACUCAGCCUGCUUCACCUUUCAAAUCCCAAAGAAUGAUGGGCUGUUAAAUUCACUCCGUAAUGAUGCCCUUCAAAAAGAGGACUGGCUUUGUCAAUGUGGAAUCCAGGCAGUGAGGGUUGGUGGAGAUGCAAGUUACAUUUGUCUUGUUCAGCCACUCACCCAUCCACCUAAGGAUACCCAAGCCAGACUUUCACAACUACUUCAGGCAGAAAGUGGUGCAGGUAUUUACAUGUGUAGUAUGACAUCUUGUAAGCUAUCACUGUGGAGUUAUCUGACCCCUCUAAGAAAUAUUUUUCUUGGUGAGGUUAUGAAUUGACCUGACUGAUCUUCCUGUUGGUAUAGGGGUGCCACCCAUGGCUCAGGACUGUGACCUUAAAUAGGCCAAAAAGAAAAAAGAAUACCUAGCCUGUGAGUAACAGGAGCUGAUCAGCAACAAAUAUCUAGCUUUGAUCUCAACUGCAGCUGAAAAGGCUGAUUGAGGCUUCUAUUUUAUGUAUAUGUGAUGUAACAGGAGUCAAUUACCUGUUCCCUGCUGCCUAUGGCCCUUCUUUGAAAUUGAAUUUACCAAAGAAAGAGAUCAAAACCUGGGGCAGGAGUAUCUGAACAGAGAUGGAUCCAAAGUGAUAACUGAAUGGUAUCAUAAAAAAGCCUUUACCUAAGGGGGUAUAAAUGCAGAGGGGGGAGGGGGUGGAGUAUUUGGAACCCCUUGAUACUUGAAUUUGAUUUUUAAACUUAUUUUUCCCUAUAUUAGAUUUGAAGUGGAAAGACUUUGUUAACAAAGACAACCUGGAUUUGAUUGUUGUUGUUGAGCGUACUAAGAAUCGUAAGUUUCAUACAAGACUUAAAACUCAACUGGCUCACUUGGUUGAAAUGAUUUGUGCAAGAGAUUACAACUUCCGACUUGCCCUAGUUUGUUAUCAGGAUCACACUUUUCCUGUUUCCAAUGCUAUCACUUGGUGGUUUACUAAAGAAAAAGAUGUCAUGAAGUCCCACAUACAUUACCUUGAUGAAUCUAGAAUACCAUGUUCAGAAAAUGGGUUGGCUGAUGGUCUUGCACUGGUACAAGAUUUAGCGACUAAAGAAGAUUCAAAAUCAUGCCGGAAAGAUGCCAAUAGAGUUUGCAUACUACUGCGUAAGUACUGUAUGAUGGUUAGAUGUAGUGAACUGAACAGUUAAGAUGCUGGACUCUAAGUUGAGAAGUAGAGUUUGGAGACCUGGCUUUGAGUCAUUGUGUUGUGUCCCUCUCUCCACCCAAGAGUAUAAAUAGGUACUGUACCUGUGAAUUGUCAGGGAAAUCCAAUGAAAAACUGGAUAACCUGUGGUAGACUAGCAUCCUAUCCAACUUGAGUAAUACAUAAUGAAAAAGCUGACAAAACCAGGGUAAGCUCCACCAGUUAGGGCCACUUGGUUUGAGUGCUGACUAUAAUGGAAUUUACAUGAUGGAACCUGAUAUGAGUUUUCCCAAACUUUACUAUCACAGUUAUUCUUUCCACCCAAGAGUAUACACUAUAGGUGAAUAUCAAUGAACCAUUCCCAAGUGAUUGCUGGGUGUGGAUCCUACGGUGGCUUAACACCCUGUCUUGAAAGGGAGGGUGUAGCAAUAUUCUUAAACAUGUCAUGCCUUAGGAAACAGAGAUUAUGACUGGCUCCUACUUUUAGUAGAGUUUAUAUCAUUUGUAAGGGUUUAAUACUUAUGAAUUAACCAAUCUAUUGGUUUUUUUAGCUUCAGUGAACGAGAGAACCUCCCUAGAAACAUACAAGUGUUCACAUGGCCACGAUGUGAUGAAAAUUUGCAGACAGUUGGCAGAAAAUUCCGUCACCCUUUACACAGUUGGAAUCGUGCAACCCACAACUGCAUCCCCUUUUGGAAGAAACCCAUUGCCAGAAUUUUUUUCAGGAAUAUCACUCAAAACUGGAGGUCGUUACAUCCAAACACAAAACAUCAAGCAGCUACCAGUGGUAAUUUUCAACAUUUGAUAAGAAAACUUUUCUUAGUAAUUUUAUUGUGCAUGUUCUGCAUCCAAUUCAUUAGUCCCUCUUUCCACAUACCAGCUCUUCUGAAUUUUACUUAGACAAAUUACAUGCAACAUUGGUCUCUAUUGACUCAAAAUUUGCCAUCUUUGGGACCUACUUUUAUAACUUGAUGAUGGAGUGUGACCUAAAUUUUCAAUUUUAUGCUUGGAUGAGAGAAUAAAUCAAACUCACAGUCCUGAUUUUUUGUAGUCAGUCAAUUGCCUACCAUACCAAUCCUGAAAUGUCUUUCAGAUAGAAAGGCGUCACAUAGCCUCACAAAGAGUGUAGGUGAAAACUGGGUUUGGUGACUGCUGUGUGAUAUCAUUUGGGAAUUUGUGUAAAAACAAAUUCUUAUUUUGCAAGUUUCUUUUAAAAUCUAUUCCAUGUUUGGAGCCACCUAAUUUUUUUCAAACUAUUUAGAGAUUUAUUUUUCUGGAAAGACAUUUAUGGCACUGGUGCUAAUUAAGAGUUAUAUCCUAAAUCCUAAUUCUGUCAUCCUUGUUGUUAAGAAUCUACAAUAUUUCUCCACUCACAGAUUAUAAUGUGUGCCAUUAAAGAAGAUCUCUCCUUGGAGCGUCUCAUUGGCACUGCACAUGAUAUAGUCCUACCACAUGUGAUUGAGAAAUAUGGAGAUGUUAAUGUAGAAGAGCUUACCAAGAUGCUUAGAGAAGAACUUAAUCGAAGAUCCUGCCUUGCAAAAGGCAUUGUACUGCAAAACAGUGUGAGUGUUCUGCGUGAAUCUGAGUUAGCGCUGAAGUUGUCUUAUGAUGAGGAUUUGGAGAGUGCUUGUUGCACUUUUAGAGAAGGUGUUAAAAGAUUGCAGCAAGCAGAAAUGCCUACAAAUGGAUUACCACAAGAUGUGGACAUGGAGAAAGUGACUAGUGACCUGGCGAGAAUUACAAUAUCAAAAGAUCAGGAAAUCACUGAUGAUUUGUCAGAGCGACUUGUUCGCAAAGUUGGGCAUCGGGCUUUUUACUGCACUUCAUCCUAGGACUGAUUGAAAUAGGUAUUUACUUUUGUCAAUAAACAAAAUGCUGGAAUCUAAUUGGUUCUUAACUGCCUUCACAUGUUCCUUAAUUUGCAAUGUUUGCGCAGCACCAAACAGUCCAGUUUGAUCUACCUUAUUUCAACCACCUUGUAUUUGUAAGAUCAAAUCAGUUAUCUUAAAGAGGUAUUGAAAAUACAUUACUAAAAGGCACCAGCCAAUAUCACUCAACCACUCCACUGAUACUUACCAAUUAAAAGCAAGGAGACUUAUAAGUAAGUAAAGUUGUUAAUUUCAGCCUGGAAACAUGAAAUUGAUGAGAAUGAUUGGUUGAGCUUUUUGCUAAUGCAUGAAAUGAGAUGCCCGUCUUGUCAUUUGACACUUCAUGCCUGAGUUUCUUGCAUUUUGUUACUGACAAAAAUUAAUUAGUAAUAUGACUGAGAAGUGAAUACUUCAGGUGUAAAAAGAUAGGCCGUUGGAUAUUCCAACAUCUAGCUUUUUUUAACAAGUCAAAAAGUUAUCACAGUUUUCACUUAUCAUACAUAUUAAUAUUUUUAAUGUGACCUAAGAGUUAGUGACAUUUAACUGAUCUCUGGAGAACUUUCUCAAAGCUAAGAACUGCACAGGUAUUAAACACUGCUGUACUAAUAAUAAAUUCAAUUUAUGAGUUACAAAC